AUGACAUGUAAAUCUGAGGAACUCUUAAAAACGAAGAAUGAUUCAAUUCAAAUGGUGGAAAAUAAUACAAAAGGUGGAUUGGGCUUACUGUUUGGUUACAACAGUGAUACGACACAAGCUAAGGAUGAUAAGAAAUUAAAUAUUUGGUUACACUAUUUUCAUGGUAAAGAAGAGAACUCCUCUACACCUAAUCUGUUUGGAAAAAUGGUUAGAGCUGGUAUACCAAAUUGCUUACGAGGAGAAAUUUGGGAAAUAUGCUCUGGAUCGAUUUAUCUUCGAUUUAAUAAUCAAGAUGUAUAUCAAAAAUUAUUAGAAUUACAUCAAAACGAUGUAUCGCCUUCAAGUGAUGAAAUUGAAAAAGAUUUACAUAGAUCUCUCCCAGAAUACCCAGCCUAUCAAACAGAAGAAGGCAUAAACCGACUUCGUAGAGUUUUAACAGCUUACUCUUGGAUUAAUCCAGAAUUAGGUUACUGCCAAGCCAUGAAUAUUGUUACAUCCUCAUUACUAAUUUAUAUGACCGAAGAGCAAGCAUUUUGGGCAUUGAAUAUGUUAGUGGACCAAUUAUGUCCUGGAUAUUAUAGCUCAUCUAUGUAUGGUGUACUAUUAGAUCAAGUUGUCUUAGAAGAACUUGUAAAAGAAUAUAUGCCGAAUUUAAUAACCUAUUUUAAAGAAAAGGAAAUUCAACUCUCAGUUGCUUGUCUUCCCUGGUUCUUGACUCUUUUUAUCAAUUCUAUACCUUUACCUUUUGUUUUUCGUAUCCUGGAUUGCUUCUUUUUAGAGGGUCCUAAAUUACUUUUUCAAAUUGCUAAACAGUCCAUAAUAGCUAUCUUAAAAUUAAAUGAAAAACAGCUUUUGAAUAUUCAAGAUGAUUCUGAAUUAUUAUCAAUAUCUAAAGCUUUUUUUGCUUCUUUAAAUUUACCUCCUGAUAGUACUAUAAAAGAAGAUGAUGAUUCAUAUACCGAUUUCCCUACCGUUACAUCUUCAAAGAUUGUUAAGCUACGUAAAGAAAAUGAGCUUAAAAUCAUUGAAGGAGUUGAAUCAUUUACAAAACGCAAUGUUUUAAGAACAGUCAAGAAUACUGCCUAUUUUAGUCGUGAAGAAAUAUCAAUAAUAUACGAUUAUUUCUUUGGUGCUCUUUAUUAUGCAAAAAACCAGCAAGAUAAAUUAUCUGCACCAGAAAUGAACGAGGAAGCUUUCACAAAGAUGCUUGAAACAAUGACGAUAUGGGCUAAACUUAGUCAUGAAAUGAAUAAUGUUCAUUUAGAAGAUAACGUCACUAUAGCAAAAGAAGUUUUACAAGCGUUUAUUAAACGUCUCUUUAAUUAUUUUAAACAAGAGAACAAAUCUGAAAUUACAUUUGUGGAUGCAGUAAGCAAGUUGGGAACUAUUAUUCGUGGGGAUAUUAUGUCUAAAGCAGCCUUUUUGUUUACGUUAUAUGAUGAUGAUAAUGAUGGCAUACUAACUAAUAUGGAUAUUCAUUUGAUAUCCACACAACUUUUUCUACUUAUGAUGUUACUGCAUGUUGACUUUAAUGCAUGGGAUGCUAUCACCAAUUUCAUCAUACUCAGUGCAGAGCAAUCAGAUAGCAGUGCAGAAGCAAUCGAUAAACUGCAUGAUGAAUUUAUUAAAGGAGAUAAUCAGCAUAAUGAACCAUCAACAUUAGAUACUGACUAUUUCGUUGCAUGUAUUAACAAAAUUCAUGAAACUCUCCUAGGUCCUAAUGCACCAUCCAUUGAGGUUACUUUACCUUCAUUAAGAAUGAUUCUUCUCACUGAAGAUCGUCUUGAUCAGUUUAUUCAACAUGAUUUACCUCAAAGUUUCAAACUUCAAAAAGUACUUACUGAGCCUCGAAAGGGCCUUGGUCACGAAAUCUUUGAGGCUCUUUAUAUCGAAGGCAAAAAGUUAGCAAGCAAUAUGGCUGCUCAUUCAAGAGUUGCGGAAAACAUGUCUGAACAGCAGAAAAGUGAUUUAUUAGCAAAUAGUAGGACAUCUCCAUUAUCAUCAAUCCCUAUAAGGUCUCCAAAAUCUACUAAAUCGGCUGCUUCAUCUAUCAAUAAGAUAGAUGAAGAUUAUGAAUUAAUUUAA